AUGGAUGCUGGCAUAUUAUUCUGGAAGGCUUUUUGUGAAAAUGGCGAGUCGGAACUAAUUGAUUUGACAACAAUUGAGGCCAGUAUGACAGACUCUGUCGUCGCUACGCUACCCGUUAUCAACCCCUCAACAUACACAAAGACGAUCAGCAGCCCCGUGGUCGUUAUCAAGUCAGAGUAUAGGAGGUAUCACCAUGCUUUGAAAGCUUCGAAUGAAGCUAUGCCAAUCAAUCUCCUAUAUGGCUGGGGACUUAUUGGUUACUGGGGUGGCGUGAUGUUCUUAGGAACGCUUUGGAAAGUCGGCCAGUGGUUUUACUAUCUUCGAUUCAACAAGUCCAAAGCAAAGGACAUUGAAAAACCGAAUCAAUCUAGUCAGGGGGAACUGGCUCUUCCGAAAUCUCUUGCAAUGCUGCGUCACUGGAUCCUUCUCUACAUUGUGAUUCCUGCCACAAUCGGUACAUACCACCAAAGACUGUUCUGGUGGUCCAAUAUCCCCAAUCGUCUUGAUUCACUCAUUGUGUUUGGAUUCUGGGCGCUAUCGAUCAUUCUCGGAUUUGCAGGCUAUGAUACAUUCUCCGGCAACCCAACGGUCACAAGUUUACCGGAGCAAAACUGGGAGAUGCUUUCAGACCGAACAGCUAUUUUAUCGUACGCCUGCCUGUGCUGGCUGUGGAUGUUCAGUGGGCGGAAUAACAUCUUCCUUUGGGCUACUGGGUUCAGCUUCCAGUCUUUCAACAUAUUCCAUCGUCAUAUUGCCCGCAUCUGCACCAUCUACGCGAUUGUGCACUCCAUCGGAUAUACAGUUGAGUGGAUUGUCUACUAUCCGAAAUAUUUCAAGUCCCUCAAGGAGAACUGGUUUAUUUUCGGAAUUGUGGCAACCAUCGCGUUAUCGAUUAUGCUCGGGUUUUCUUCUGUUUUCCUUCGCCAAAGAUCCUAUGAAGUCUUCCUCGUCAUCCACAUAGUUUUGGCUCUCGUCGUGAUCGUCGCACUCUUCAUCCACACCUCUUACUUUGGCACCCAAUACAAUGGAUAUCUAUGGCCGACUGUUGCCAUAUGGUGUUUUGAUCGUUUCCUUCGAUUGGUCCGCCUGGUCUACUGCAACUUCUCUGUCUUUUCUGGGAAAGCGAAGACAACAAAUGCAUCUGUCAUGUAUAGUUCUGCGAGCGAUGUGAUUCGUAUCGAUCUCCAGCCUACCGCAAGCUCAUUAAAAGGUCGUCCUGGUCAAUUUUACUAUCUAUAUCAGCCCUAUACACUGAGAGGAUGGGAGAAUCAUCCUUUUACUCUUGGCGCCUUCACCAACGGCUUCGAGGACUCGUCGCCUAAUACCCCGGAAAUUGUCAAGAAGAAAGUCACAACAACCACCACAGCUCAGUUGUCCGAUUCAUCCGAUGACGCUGUGAAGCUAAAAUCAUACAGAUCGAGCUCUUUGAGCAACACUUUGACUUUUUGGAUUCGUCCGUACGAUGGUUGGACAAAACGCCUUCGCAACGAAUGCAUCAAAGGUGGCGGAGUUUGUUACCCAAAGAUUCUGAUUGAGGGUCCCUAUGGCCACACUCAAAUGCUGCAUACAUAUGACAGCAUUACAAUGAUCAUGGGUGGCACAGGCAUUGCUUGCGCGGUGCCUUAUGUUCAAGAUUUCCUUGGAAAGUCGAAAAUCGCAAUCUCAUACACCAGUAAAAUCAAGCUCGUCUGGACAGUCCGUCAACCAGAAUUUGUGGAGGAGGUGUGCGCAAAUGAUCUUUCUGCUGCAAUUUGUGAUCAGAGAAUCGAAUUCGAGUUCUAUUGCUCGAAAAAGAAUGUCCCUACAAACAUUUCUACAUCUGUGCAUUCAUCGGAUGAAGUCACCAAACAGAUCAUCAUCCAAUCUGGUCGGGCACCAGUUGCUUCUCUGAUUGCAGAAUCUGGGACAGAGGCUAAGCUGAGUAACUCUCGAGCCGCUGUGUUGGUAUGCGGUCCGGCAGCGAUGGCUGAUGAAGCACGGGCGGCAGUGCACCAAGCCCUGAAGAACGGAUGUCGCACGCUGGAUUACUUUGAAGAGGCAUAUGGGUGGUGA